AUGGUGAAGGCCCUUCUGCAAGCCAGAGGACUGAGGGUGCAGUAUAACCGCGUCAGAGCCUCCAUGCACCGUGUUGACACCACUGGUGUCAUAAGCCGCAUGGUCCACGUAGGAUGUAUCGCUCGACGGACCUACUCAGUUCCAGGACCCCACUACAACAUCGUUGUCUUUGGUGGUAUUGACGGUUUUUCCCGUAAGAUAAUGUAUCUUGGUGCAGCCUCCAACAACCUUGCAUCAACCACCCUGGCUUUCCUCCUAGAAUCUGUUGAGAAGUUUGGUUUUCCUCUCAGGAUUGAGCGGCUGUGGAGAGACCUGUGGGUAGCUGUAACAUGCAUCUACUAUGAUGUUCUCCACUACCUGGAAGAAGAGGGCUUCCUCAGCAUCGACAAUGAAACACACCUCUUCUGCUGUCACUUCGUGUUUCUCCCACGCCUGCAGGAUGACCUAGGUACUUUUCGUGAUGGUUGGGACAAUCAUCCGCUGAGGACAGAAAGCAACAUGACCCCCAACCAGCUGUGGGAGCUGGGUCGUACACAUUACCCAAUUCCAGGACUAGAUAACACAGAGGGCAUGGAUAUUCUUGACAUUGAGUGGGAGAACAGCGGACUUCCAUUUGAUGACCAGUCGAGCAUCAUUGUUCCAGACACAGCAUCACCCCUGACCGAUGGACAAAUGACAGCUUUAAGAGAUGCAGUUAACCCGAGAGCUGCAUCCCAGUCCUAUGGCUGCGAUACUUACAUUGCUGCCGUUCAAUUUUGUGAGCAGUUUGUCUGAACUGAUCAGAAUGAUUUGAGUUAAGAGACAAUAAAUUUUUUUAACCUGAAUUGUAAUGUUAUUCCUUUGUCAAGAGAACGAAAGUUCUGUUAAUAUUUAAGUAACACUUUAGUCCCCCUGUUUGUGUGUAACAUAGCCCAGACAGACAUUUCAUUAUUUAACUCAAAACCUGUUUGAGUCUGAAGUUUUAGUAUACUAAAUUGUCAAA